GUAGGUAGUUAGUGGCUGCCAGCGCCGACUUAGUGCGUCCAUGGAUCAAUUGUUCUUUUACGAGUUGAACCUGCAACAACUUGAAACUUCCCCAGGUUAUUUGUCCAGUUGUGUCCAAUUUGUUUAGUUCAUCUUCUUAUCUCCUUCACCCUCUAAAAUCAUCCUCGGACAUUCAUUCUCAAGUACAACUUAGAAGACAAUAUCGAACUGAACCCCCCCCCAAAGUCUCCCACUACUCCUCUUGUUCUUGUUCAACCCCCCAUUUUAACCGCAACUAUGGAUUUCAAGGCUUUUGGAAAUAGCUUGAGCUCUAUUGGCUCGCAAAUUACUCCCUUUGCUACCCGUACUUUUCAGUACACGAAGGAGCAACUGGGCCAAGCUGAGGAUAAGACUCAGCUUCCGCCUGACUAUAUUGAUCUCGAGAAGCGAGUUGAUGCCUUGAAACAGGUUCAUCAAAAGAUGCUUGCAGUGACCUCGCAAUACUCGAACGAAGCCUACGAUUAUCCCGCCAACAUCAAGGAGAGCUUCUCGGACCUCGGACGCACCGUUAGCGAGAAAGUUCAUCUUCUUUCUAGUGCCACCACCCCCGCCGAAGCCCAAAAUGCCCUGACCGCGCCCCCCACCGCGAAGCCCCAGCCUAAGACUUUCUCCCACGCUAUCGCACGUGCCAGUUUAGCAAGCUCCCAGCUUAUGCACCAGCAACACACUGGUGCCGGCGAGGAUCCUCUUGCGACCGCGCUCGAGAAGUAUGCGCUGGUCAGUGAGCGACUUGGCGAGGCCCGUCUUGCGCAGGAUGCCCAGAUCCAGAGCCGCUACUUGGCUGGGUGGAACACCACCCUGAACACCAACCUUAUGUUCGCAACGCGUGCACGCAAAAAUGUCGAGAAAGCCCGCCUGACCCUAGAUUCGGUCAAGUCUCGUGCCAAGGGAACGACCUGGAAGAUCGGUCCCACGUCUCCGCGUGAUGAUCACCCCACUGCCGACGACUUGACCCCCGAAGCUCAGGAGGAAAUCGAAAAGGCCGAAGAUGAAUUCGUCACCCAGACUGAAGAGGCCGUAGGCGUCAUGAAGAAUGUCCUGGACACUCCUGAGCCUCUUCGUAACCUUGCAGAGCUCGUUGCUGCUCAGCUUGAGUACCACAAGAAGUCUGCCGAGAUCCUGAGCGAGCUUGCCCCCGUCAUUGAAGCUCUCCAGGUCGAACAAGAGGCGAACUACCGCAAGAGCCGCGAGAGUGCUUCGUAAAGGAUUAAACAUGCAAAAGCAAUGAGUAGGAGCCCCGUCGCGGGAUAUACAAGUGGGUGGGAUGAAUGUCUAUCUUGAGGACCUGCGAGGAUGAUACCGGAUCUGUCAGGAUUCUAUUUCCUUUUUCCUUUUUUUACUGCUUGAUUUGACACGUUGCGUGCUCGAACGAGUGCGAUAUAGACGGGAGUGAGAUCCUCGAAGGGCUUUCCCAUGAGACAUUGCUGCUUAGUUUUUCGAUUCUCACUUCUGACUGGGAGAUGGAUGAAUUGACAGUAUCUUACGAGCAUAAUUCUCUGAUCUCUAUGAGAUUUCCCAAUUCUGUGCAGAUUUUACAUUACCAUUUUGCAUAUUAGACACAGUAAAUGAUAGAUUUAGUAAUCGGCGUAAAGUUCUUUGAAG